AUGAUAUAUAAGAAGUUGAAGAGUAAGGAAUUGAUGUUGAUAAAGCCAGAGCCAAUAUAUUAUAUCAUGAGUUGCAUGGAUUCGAAAGGAGGAAAUGUUAAUCUGGGAGAAUUCAAUAAACUGGUAAAAUCUCAAUAUUACUUAUUAAUUACUCAGAAGCACAGCCCGUGCAUACUUAACACCAUCAAAGUGUAUAACAAAUUUGUAGUUGGUGGAUUUUUCAAUAAUGUUUCACCAGCUGAACAUCAUGUAAAUGAAACCAAUGAGUCUCAAAACCAACCAACCAAUAAUCUGCAACCUCAAUACACACCAAUUAAUUAUAAAAAACAUGAAUUGACUAGUAUCCCCCAAAAUACGGAUGAUAAAGUAGAAAUUUUAGUAGAAAAUAACGUAGAAAAUAAGGAAAAAGAGAAUAUACAUGAGAAAUUAGAAAUUUUAGAGGAAAAUAAUGUAGAAAAAGUGGAAAAAGAAGAUAAAAUGGAUGAUGUGGAAGAAGAUGAGGAUAUGGCGUCUGAAGAUGAGAAUAAAAGAUCGCUGGUUGAGGAAUCAAAUUUGUUAAGUAAAUGGAAGAGGAAAAAAUUAUAA